AUGGUUCGAUUCCGAGUGCUGGAUAAUCCCUCGGAAAAUUGGAACACACAGCAUCCGUUCUUUCGUGUGUUUACCCACUACAUGCCCGAGCAAUCUCGGUCCGACCUUCAAAAGCAGUUCUUGAUGGUUGUCAAGACGGACUUCUUGCAGAAGAACAACGUCAGUGUGAACAAAGUGAUCCUAACCUUUAUUCAUCUCAUCCUGAGUUCAUUCUGUGGGACCACGGUCACUCAUUUAGCCGUGGCCAGGAUUUUGUACUUCUCGAUCUGCGAUUUGAUCCUGAAACGAACCGAACUCCGACCAAUCGGAUUCAAGGUACUCCAAGGGCUUUGGCAACAUAGCCGCAUUCACCCGGAGGACGAGCCUUAUUUAGAGGUCUUGGAAAAAGAGAACCAGACUGUGAUUCACGCGCAAUUAGGCCACGCCCCCACAAUGGAGUUCUUCCAAUUAUUCUCGGCCCUGACCCCAUUUAAUCCCGCAUUAACGAGAGCUCUUCUCCACCUUCUGCGUGAUCAAGUGGCCUUGAUCGAGGCUCGUCGAGGCCUGUCCAGUCACAAAGAUCAUUCCCUUCGUCGAGGCCUUAAUCUCAUUCAAGAGAGUCUGACGAAAGCGCCCAAUUGACGGCGGGAUCAUACAUGACAUGUGCUAGGUGUUUUGAAUUAGAUAAAUAUAUCUGAACUGUAUGGAUAAUCUAA